GAAUGCGUGAUCUUGGUCAUCAUUAGCAAGCAGGCUGUUAUCAGCUUACUACAGUACAAAUAUGUCACUCAGUAUCUCAUCAUGAUGGCUGACACUCGAAUUACCAUACAUCCACAAUGCGUUUUGCUGUCUUCUCUCUCCUGCCAGUCGCACUCGCGACCAGGCCGUUCCUCAAUGAACCUGAUACUGCCAUCGACCAAGUCCUCGGCGACACCCCAGCAGGCACCCUCCCCGACCUGGAGAACAUGCUCGGGCUGCCCGACUUCGACUGGGCCGCCCGUCGCUACCUCAACGCCUCCUCCUACACAUACUACCGCAACGGCGCCGCCGGCGAAUGGUCCUACAGGAACAACCUCGAAGUCUUCGGACGGUUCCGCUUCCGGCCACGCGUGAUGGUCGACAUCACAAACAUCGAGUCCUCCCUCUCCACCAGUAUAUUGGGCCACAACUUCUCCGCGCCCUUCUAUAUCAGCCCCUGCGCGAGCGCGGGACUCGGACAUGAAGCAGCAGAGGCGAAUUUCGUCAAGGCCGCUGCGGCGGAGAAUAUCCUCUAUAUCCCUGCGCUGUAUGCGACGCUGAGCAUGGAGGAGAUUGCGGCUGCGAAGCCGGCCAAUGCCUCUGGCCAGGUGCUGUUUCAGCAGGUUUAUCUGGAUAGCAAUGAGACGGCGACGCAGGAGAUCUUUGAUAAAGCGAAGGAGCUAGGUUCGAAGGCGAUUGUGUAUACGGCGGAUUCGGCUGCGGAUGGGAAUCGGCAUCGUGCGGAUCGGUUUGGGGUUGGGUCGAGUGACUCGGAUUAUACGUUCCAGACGUGGGGGUACUAUGAGAAGCUGCGCAGUAUGACGGAUCUGCCUAUUGUGUUGAAGGGGUUGCAGACUGUAGAGGAUGUCAGGGCUGCGAUUAAGCAUAAUGUUCCGGCUGUUAUUCUGUCGAACCACGGUGGUCGCCAGCUUGAUAGCUCGCCGUCGUCGUUGGAGGUUGCAUUGGAGAUUCAUGAGGAGGAUCCUGAUUUGUUCAACCAGAUUGAGAUCUAUGCUGAUGGCGGGAUUCGCUAUGGUGCGGAUGUCUUGAAGCUGCUUGCGCUGGGCGUCAAGGCUGUUGGGCUGGGCCGGCCGUUUAUGUUUGCGAAUACCUACGGUGUUGAUGGCGUGAAGCAUGCCAUCCAGCUCUUGAAGCAUGAGAUUGCCAUCAAUGCGGGCAACUUGGGUCUGCCUGAUCUGAAGAAGAUUAACCCUUCAUAUGUGAAAUGGGCCAACAAUGGCUGGUUGAGCUAGACUCAGUAUGCUCCUAGCACAGGACUUUGAUACUGUUAAGAAGUCCAGGGGUCCAUAUUUGUAUCAUAUUGACAUAUCACGCCUGCACGGGUGAAUGUCGGCAUUUGCCAGUCUUCGUAGUAUUACCUACCUCGGUAUACUUAUCUUUCAAGCAAUAUCAUUUACCUUUUGUCAAUUAUAGUCAUAUAAGAGCAAUAUACGCC